GCGCAACUUCGGCAACACGGCGCCCUCGCAGGGCGGCCACGGAGGGCACAUGUCGCACGUCGGCGACGCCGGCCACUCCCAGGACGACGGCGGCUACUCGGAGCUGCUGGAGCUGGAGGACGACCGCGACGAGUACCUGCCGCUGGAGCAGCUCAAGCCGGCGCACCUCCAGCAGCUGCAGCAGUUGCAGCAGCUCCAGCCGCAGCACAAUGUGUACUACGAGCUCACCACCACCGCCACCAACGUGGAGGCCACCUCCAGCGUGGCCAACGAAAGUUCGUGCUCCGCCCACACCUCCAUGUACCUGGGGGGCCCCCGGACUGGCGGCGGCUGCGGCAGCGGCCUCGACGACGACCUGGACGGCCUCGGUCCGGGCCCCGGGCCCAGCCUGGGCGCCCUGGGUCAGUGCGGGCCGCACCAGGCGGGCAUGGACCACGUCAUGGACCACGCCAUGGAGCUGCCGCCCCAGGUGGACUCGACGCGGAACCUGUCCAAGAAGCGCAAGGGGUCGUACCACGACGGCAGCGACUUCGAUGACGACACGGAGGACGGCAAGUCGUGUCGGACGGACGACAAGAAGCAGAACCACAGCGAGAUCGAGAAGCGGCGGCGAGACAAGAUGAACACGUACAUCACCGAGCUGUCCGCCAUGGUGCCCAUGUGCCACGCCAUGUCGCGCAAGCUGGACAAGCUGACCGUGCUGCGCAUGGCCGUGCAGCACCUCAAGACCAUCCGCGGCGCCGUGCACUCGUACACGGAGGGCCACUACAAGCCCGCCUUCCUGUCGGACCAGGAGCUCAAGCACCUCAUCCUGCAGACAGCUGAAGGCUUUCUCUUUGUAGUGGGAUGUGACCGCGGCAGGAUCCUCUUCGUCUCCGAGUCCGUCUCGCAGGUGCUCAACUUCUCACAGGGCGACCUCCUCGGCCAGAGCUGGUUCGACAUCCUGCACCCCAAGGAUGUGGCCAAGGUGAAGGAGCAGCUGUCGGCCUCGGACCUCAGUCCCAGGGAGAGACUCAUCGACGCCAAAACGAUGCUGCCGGUGCGCACGGACAUGCCCGCCGUGGGGUCGCGGCUGUGCCCCGGCGCGCGCCGCUCCUUCUUCUGCCGCAUGAAGCGCAAGCUGCCCACGCACGUCAAGGAGGAGGCCGACACCACGUCGUGCUCCCGGAGGAAGAAGCCUCACAGCGCAGAGCGCAAGUACAGCGUGAUCCAGUGCACCGGCUACCUCAAGUCGUGGGCCCCGGAGAAGAUGGGCCUGGAGGAGUCCGAGCUGGUGGAGGGCGAGGGCGGCGCGGGGGCGGGCGGCGCGUGCCUGUCGUGCCUCGUGGCGGUGGGCCGCCUGCAGCCCAUCCUCUCGCCGCCCCCGAGGCCGCGGCCCGGGCGCAGGCCGCCCAACACCCGGCCGCUGCAGUUCACCUCGCGCCACGCCAUGGACGGCAAGUUCCUCUUCGUGGACCAGCGGGCCACGCUGGCGCUGGGCUUCCUGCCGCAGGAGCUGCUGGGCACCUCCAUGUACGAGUACUACCACCCCGAGGACGUGCCGCACCUGGCCGAGUCCCACAAGGCGGCGCUCAACGCCACCGACGUGGUCACCACCAAGGUGUACUGGUUUAGAAGUAAGGAAGGAUCCUACAUUAGCAUACAAAGUGAGUGGAAGGCGUUUAAAAACCCGUGGACCAAAGAUGUAGAGUAUUUAAUAGCAAAAAAUUCUGUGAUCAUGACGGACGGCAGGCACAUGGACAUGACGGCGUCCAGGCACAAACUCAGCGGCACGUCGCGCUUCCAGGCGGGCUACGAUUUAUUCUCGCAGCCCGGCGUCAGGGACGUGAACCUGCAGCGAGACAUCCAGAGGAUCAUCUCGUCGCACGUGGAGGCCAGCAAGAUCGGGCGCAAGAUCGCGGACGACGCGCUCGACUCGCAGCGACUCCGCGGCAACGGGGACUCGUCGUCCAACAGCACGCCGUCGCCCGCGCACCAGGAGUGCAGCCCCGCGGAGAGCAAGCAGUCCCCGAGCAUGGCGUCCGACACCGGGCGGCCGCCUGGCUCCGGCCCGGGGCCCGGCUCAGGGCAGGACCCUCUCGCCAGCCCCCAGCACGAAGCCAAGGACAUCAAGACGCUACAGUCCCCGCUGCCCCUGCCGGCCAGCCCCGCCAGCCAGGUCAGCCCCUCCCUCCCGGCCGGCAGCAACGGCAGCACCAGCGGCCAGGACGCGACCACGGAGACGGCCAUGCGGCACGACGUGCGGCACGACGUGCGGCAGCACGGUGUCAACAUCGCGCACUCGGCGAGCACCGUGGACCCGUCGGCCUACUCCUCCAUCAGGAACAACGUGACGCUGUCCAGCCUCGCCACGCCCGACCCAGAAGGCUGUGUGUGUGUUUUAGGCUUGUCCGGCCUCGCCAACGAGGACGACAUGCUGGAGAUGAUGGGCCCCGUCAUGCCAGAGUCCCCGGGCCAGGGCGCGUCCAACGACGGCAACGACGAGGCGGCCAUGGCCGUCAUCAUGAGCCUCCUGGAGGCCGACGCGGGGCUGGGCGGACCAGUCGACUUCUCCGGUCUACCCUGGCCCCUCCCAUGAGGUCCAGCGCGUCGACUCGACCCAAGACUUGCCAAGUGCAGCCAGUUCCAAUAAACUGCAUUCCAUUCCUAGGAACACGAAGUAAUGUGGUUCAAAGUCUGUUUUUUUUUUCAUUGCUUUGCUCAUUUAAUUAAAAUAUGUACAUUCUUUCAAUGGGUUUAA